AUGGCCUCAAUCCUACAGAGGUGUAGCCGGAUUACCGCUGGCGACAUGUGUAUCAAUUUCUUCGUCAUGGUACAUUACAUGCAAUUAGUCUGCAAGUGCUCGAGCCUGCGUCGUGUUAAUGACCUAAGUACAUGUGGGGUCUAUGACCAAUUUGUCAAAGGACAUCCCUCCGCACCGCCCCAGCGAACAUUUACGCAUUGGAACGAAAUUGGGAGCAAAUUUGCUGCGAUUGCAUGCGGUGGCAAGCACGAAUCUGUAUCUACAAAACUCACCACUAACGCCAUUUAUUCAGGCACUAUAUACGCUGUUCUACUCAUUGCUAACGCUGGGCUGCGUUCAGAGAUUACGAAGUCCGUUGGCGAUUUCCCAUGGGCAGUGGCCAACAUCCUACGGAAUCCGAGUCGAAAUACCAAAGCAGGUUCCAUCGUCAUCGAGACGAUUAUUCCAGCAAUUGACGUACUUCGUAAACAAAUACCUCUGCAACUGGACAUGUUGUUCUCCCCGGGCGUCCUACACGAUCUGGGUCUGACUACGGACAGGCUCCAUUGUGGAGAUCUGGACCAGUCUGAUCAAAUGUUUGGCUCCCUGAUAUUCAACAAUUUUACAUGCGUGGAGCGAGGCAAAGAACCGUGGGCCACAUGCCUUAUUCCCUUACAAUCUCGGGAGACAAUUCAGCUUACCAGGGCCAGUCAAGAUCUGUUCCGCCGUGAAUGUCAUGGUGCGACUGACCCUCCUUCGCCAAUGUCAGCUAUGGACGAAGACCACGAAGACCACAUGAACUUGGAGGCUGACGGACCAGGCACAAUAGAUGCAGUCUGUGACUUGCCCGGCACUUCCCUAUCAAUGGAGGGCUUUGAUCUCCGCUUGGACGAGUAUUGUACGUAUCCGGUGCCUCCGUCGCCGGAAGAAGCUUUCGCAUGGACGGAGACGCAGCGAUCGUUCGCCGAAGUAGCGCAGAAGCCACAGACUGUCCUAGCUUUGCAAGACCUGCUAUCAGCAAGAUACCAGAAUGGCCGUCGGGUUGACUCCCGGCAGUACAUUGCAGUCAAGCCUGACAUCGCCAGCGGACCUCUUCGAAUCAACGAUUGUAAUGGGUCACUCGUUGCAUGCAUAUUCGGCAACAUGCCGGACGAGAUGCGGAGGACGCUGGCAACAGACUUAAUGGUCUGCUUUGAAAACCAGCCGGAGAACCUCAAAGAUACAUGCUCGGCAUUGGAGGGGAGUGAAUAUAGCUUCCCUGCCAUCCAUUUAUCUUGGUAUAAUCGGCACGGCACAAGGGGCUAUGAUGUUCCAGUCCAGAAUCAUCCCAUGCUAAUAGAGAAAGAUGACAACUCGCGUACGAACUACGGUCAAAUGCUCCCAUAUCCGUCUCAUGCCAUGCGCAAACACGGGGAGAUAUAUGAAAACAUGAGGCACAUCUUCGAACACGUUUUUGUGUGGGUUGCUGAACAGAUCGAGCAGACGUUGCCCAAUGACUUUGAGGAUCUCCGCAUAGAUGCAGAGGUACUGCCCGGAAACGCUAGCCCGAUCGUCUACCCAUUCCUUUCUCUUGUCAUCAAUCUGAAUGUCGUGACUCUAGCUCACAGAGAUUCCCAAGACAAAGCACUCUGCGUUGUGUUGCCGAUCGGAGACUUUCAAGGCGGUGAUCUGUGCCUAUAUGAGCCUGGGCUUGUUCUUCCCCUCCGAAGCGGCGACUUCGUGGCGUUUCCCUCGUCACGUAUAACUCACUUCAAUUUGCACUUUAACGGGCACCGUGCAUCACUUGUACUGCAUACGGACAAGGAGAUAGACAAAUGGACGAAGGAGGGACGGAAUGGCUGGGCUGACAAUCAGCAUUUUCGGUAG